ACGGCUCUCAAUUUAUUUCCAUCUCUCAACUUGAAACCAUGUCGUAAAAUUAUUUUCAAAAAUAUAAUAAAAUUAAAUAAAAAAAAAAAAUAGUAAAACAAAACUGUUAAAAAAACAUGAAGUAAAAAUAGAUAAGUUGUUCAUAAUGCAGUGUUUGAACACGUUACGGGCGAGUGCCCUGAGGUUGCCUACUGGUGUAGUGGGCACUGCCCAGCCUCACAUCAACGUCAUCACAAAGAGAUGGAAGAGGAAGUCUCCUUGUGAUCGUUGUUACAUCCCAAAGCACCCCAAACCCUGUUUCGAUAUUAAUAGCAUAACUCUUAUGCGUGCGACGGAUUGCCACGCAAAGCUGAUCCGUUCGUUCCUUUACACGCACUACUGGCCUCGUGAGCCGACCAUCAUCAGCCUGUGGAUGUCUCUCGAUAGCCCCCUACUGGAUGUACUCACCGAUAAAUAUUCGACAAGUGGUGAUCGUCUUAUGGCUUUUGAGCGCAUUAAGAGAACAGGGGAAACGAAGUUAGUGGGUCUCGCGGUGGCCAGCAGGAUCUAUCCCUGGACGCAGCUGGAGCUCGAUGAGUGGGCGCACGCCACCAACGCCCUACCUGAGAAGUACAAGAUAUACUUCAGUGCACAUUGCCUCAAGAAAUCCAAUCUGUUCAAGAAGUACAAUGCUGACUAUAUCUAUGAUGUGGAAAUCCUAGGCACAGCAUCAGAAAUAACCGGUCAGGGUGUUGCCACACUCCUCCUGAACAAAAUGCUGGACAACGCAAAGGAGCUGCGACACCCAGUCGUACAGGUUGUGGCAGUCAGCAAAUACGCGACAAAAAUAUGUGAAAAAUGUGGUAUGAAACUAGAGUGGAGCAUGGAUUACGCAGAUUUUACCAACGAAUGUGGUCACCGUAUAUUCUACCCCAGACGACCUCAUCAUUCGGUUGGCGUCUAUGCCAAAUUCUUUGAUCCACGUAAAGGCGGUGUAUUGCCAUGCAAACCCCAGUACUAAAGGAAUUUAAACUCUGUAAACUAUUACGUAGAGUUCAAUUCGAAUUCCGUCUCGUGUUUUAAACUACGUGUUUGACAGUGUCAUUUAUGAAUGCCUUUUGAAAACUGUUCGUUUUUUAAUUCAAAGUUAUUUAAAA